GUUUUUUCAGGCAAAUUUCUUAGCAUGUUCGCCUCGCGAUUGGCGAAGGCGGGCACCCUCGUCGGGCUGUCGGCUGCAGCCCUCUACUCACUAGAUGUAACGAACGAAACAAGAUUCAAACGGCAAAUGAGAGCCUAUUUUCGCACUGCACAUGCAGAUCUACUAACAGAACUGAACAAAAGGCCUCCGAAUGCACUUCCAACUAGGAAAGAGCUUCUGGAUUGUUUGAAGAAUGGCGAAGAAUAUGAUGUGUUGGUCAUAGGCGGUGGUGCCACUGGUGCCGGUGUGGCACUGGAUGCUCAAACCAGAGGAUUGAAAACAGCUUUGGUAGAGUUGGAUGAUUUUGCCUCUGGGACAUCUUCUCGAAGUACGAAACUCAUCCACGGAGGUGUUAGGUAUCUUCAAGCAGCUAUUAUGAAAGCUGAUCUCGAGCAGUAUCGGAUGGUUAAGGAAGCCUUAUUUGAACGAGCAAAUCUACUUGAGAUUGCUCCCCAUCUUAGCGCCCCUCUGCCUAUUAUGCUUCCAAUUUAUAAACUCUGGCAAGUCCCUUACUACUGGGCCGGUAUCAAAGCAUACGAUUUUGUCUCCGGCAAGCGUGUGCUCAAAAGUUCCUUCUUCAUUAGUAAAAGCAACGCUAUGGAACGAUUUCCCAUGCUGAAGACUGACUCGCUCAAGGGUGCACUCAUCUACUACGACGGGACGCAUAAUGAUGCUAGAAUGAAUUUGGCGAUUGUAUUGUCAGCAAUCAGGCAUGGCGCAAAGUGCGUCAACCAUACGAAAGUCGAGAGGCUGCUGAAAAAUGAAAAUGGUAAAGUUAUAGGGGCUCAUUUGCGAGAUACGCUUACUGGUGCUGAAUGGGACGUCAAGGCAAAGGCCGUUGUCAAUGCCACUGGUCCGUCCACGGAUAAAAUUCGCGUCAUGGCUGAUCCAGAAACGAAACCAAUCUGUGUGCCUAGUUCUGGAGUUCACAUUGUUUUGCCUGGCUAUUAUAGUCCCUCAAACACCGGUCUUCUCGAUCCGGACACUUCUGACGGUCGUGUGAUCUUCUUCCUCCCUUGGGAGCGAAUGACCAUUGCUGGAACCACUGAUGCCCCAUCUGAAGUUACCCUAUCCCCGAUACCCAAAGACUCAGACGUCGAAUUUAUCCUGCAAGAGAUUCGUGGCUAUCUUUCGAAAGAUGUUUCCAUACGACGUGGUGAUGUGAUGAGCUCAUGGGCAGGACUUCGUCCUCUUGUUCGCGAUCCGAAUAAGAAAGAUACAAAAAGUUUGGCUAGAAAUCAUAUCAUCGAGGUAUCGGAAUCAGGUUUGAUAACCAUUGCGGGUGGAAAAUGGACUACAUACAGGCAUAUGGCAGAAGAAACAGUCGACGCAUGCGUGAAGGCUCAUAAGUUGAAACCUACGAACGGAUGCGUCACAGCUGGCCUCAUGCUGGAAGGAGGUCAUGAGUACAAUCCGUUGAUGUACAUUCAUCUAGUACAAGAUUAUGGUUUGGAGGUUGAUGUAGCCCAACAUCUUGCUAACACUUAUGGCGACCGCGCUUUCGUAGUGGCAAGAAUGUGCAAGAUAACAGGAAAACGUUGGCCCAUAAUUGGUAACCGACUGCACCAAGAAUUCCCCUAUUUGGAUGCAGAGGUGCGGUAUGCCGUACGCGAGUACGCGUGCACAGCGGUGGAUGUGAUCGCUAGGCGCACACGUUUAGCGUUCCUUAACACUUACGCGGCUCAUGAAGUCCUUCCAGAGGUAGUGCGUAUAAUGGCAGAAGAGCUUGGUUGGUCGUCAGCAGAACAACGAGCUCAACUUGAUCGUGCUCGCCAGUUUAUUGACUUGGAAAUGGGUCAACUUGCGAAGCAGAAUGCUGUCAGCAAUGUUUCGCUCAACCUUACAAAAGAAGAAAUGCAAGCUGCAAAGGAUCGCUUCAAUAUGUUGGACAAAGAUGGCAAGGGACACAUCACCGUCAAUGAUCUCAGGCGACACUUUAGGGAGCAUAAUCAGAAGAUUGACGAGCGUGUACUGCAUGAACUUCUUAAUGAAGUGGACCUCAACAAAAACGGAGAAAUUGAAAUUUCGGAGUUCUACCAGCUGUACUCUGGACUCAAAGGCGGUCAAAUCAGCGCCAAUCGCUUGGUACGGUACCUGGAUGUCACCGAAAUUCCUGACACUCCCAGCGUAACUCGAUCUGGUGGAGGUGUUUGAGUCCUUGCAUCAUUUCAUUUGUUCUUAAUUUUCUGCCUUGAGAGAUUGAAGUUCUCACACUAGGAACAAACUGUUUUCGUAGCUGUAGAAGUGUAUAGAAUGAUAGCCGAAGUGGGUUCCUCAAGAUUGUUCAUUACUUGUCCCCUUCAGGAUUUGUCCAUGUAUUUUCUUUGAAGAUGCCAAAUUGCUUUACCAGUGUCGUAUUCAGAGUCGCGAUUGUUUUUGUUUGUACCUUAUUUGUUAAUCAUCGCUGGCGAUAAUAUCACUAGAAGCUAACCAAAGCUCUUACUGAAACGUUUGGAUCUAGGUUUUGCUGCACGCAGAUAAUCGAGGCUUAAAUUCUUGAUGACGCGAACGCAAGCAAAG